AGUCCACAUGAGAGUUCACACAGGAGAGAAGCCUUAUGCUUGCCAACAGUGUGGAAAGCAUUUCAGUCAUAGAGUAAGUCUUAAAAGACACAUUAGAAUUCACACUGGAGAGAAGCCAUACACAUGCCAACAGUGUGGAAGGAGUUUCACUCAACCGGGACACCUUGGAGCCCACAUGAGUGUUCACACUGGAGAGAAGCCUUACAAAUGCCAACAGUGUGGAAGAAGUUUCAACCGGAAAGGAAAUCUAAGUUGCCAUAUGAGAAUUCACUAUGGAGAGCAGCCUUACACAUAUGAUCAGUGUGGAGAUAGUUUUGAUCAACAUGACAUCCUUGAAGUCCACAUGAGAACUCGUAGAGAGAAACCCUACAUAUGCCCUGAGUGUGGAAAGUGGUUUAAUCAUAAAGGACGCUUUGAAGACCACAUAAGAAUUCACACUGGAGAGAAGCCUUUCACCUGCCAGCAAUGUGGAAAAUGUUUCCGUCAAAAAGGAAACCUUGACAGGCACAUGAGUGUUCACACUGGAGAGAAGCCUUACAAAUGCCAACAGUGUGGAAGAAGUUUCAACCGGAAAGGUAACCUUCAUUGCCACAUGACCGUUCACACUGGAGAGAGCCUUUUCACCUGCCAACAGUGUGGAAUAAGUUUCACUCAAAAAGGAAGCCUUAACAGACACAUGAGAAUUCACUAUGGAGAGCAGCCUUACACUUGUUCUCUUGAUCAACAUGAAAACCUUGUAGUCCACAUGAGAACUCAUAGAGAGAAACCCUACACAUGCUCUGAGUGUGGAAAGAGUUUCUGUCAAAAACGACCCUUUGAAGACCACAUGAGAAUUCACUCUGGAGAGCAACCCUACACAUGCCCUCAGUGUGGAAAGAGUUUCAAUCAUAUGCGACACUUUGAAGACCACAUAAGAAUUCACACUGGAGAGAAGCCUUUCACCUGCCAACAAUGUGGAAGAAGUUUCAACCGAAAAGGAAGCCAUAACAGGCACAUGAGAAUUCACACUGGAGAGAAGCCGUUUACAUGUGGUCACUGCGGAAAGAGUUUCAGAUAUAAAACAGGCCUUAAGUCCCACAUGAGUUUUCACAUAUGAGAGAACUGUAUUUAUGUCAUCAGUGUGACAUGAGUCAUGUAAUGACACCAGAGAGAAGCCUUUGCUGUGCCAUCACUGUGGAAAGACUUGCAGAAAAAAGACAAUCUUGAGGUUUACAGAAGCACGCCUGAUAUAGUUCAAAAUACCUGAGCAGCAGAUUUAGGCCUUGUUUACACCUGGGUUUAAAAUGUGUUUUGUUUGAUCGCAUCACAAAUAGGCAGUCUCCAUAUCACCAUUUCUUUUGUCCACUUUCGACCACUUCUGUCAUUUUUUCAAGGGGAGGGUCAAUAGGUGGGUAAAUGCAU